AGUGAGGAGGCGUGAUGCUUUGGCUUGGGUACAUCUAUGAAAUGACGGAUGCUGAGCUGAGCUGUGUCCCACCCCCUCGCCCCACACGGAUGCUCUUGCAUGGUGUCAACAGACGGACAUUACACGGACGAGAAAAACAACAAACAGCAUCAAUCGCUACAGUUCAGAUCAUCUCUGGUGUAGGUGUUGAUGACUAAGUGCUGCCAUGGCAAACAGGGGGCCAAGCUAUGGGCUCAGCCGUGAAGUCCAAGAGAAGAUUGAGCAGAAGUAUGAUGCUGAGCUGGAGGCUCGGCUGGUGGAGUGGAUCCUGGUCCAGUGUGGAGGCGACCUGGAGCGACCGGAACCUGGCAAACAAAACUUCCAGAAAUGGUUGAUGAAUGGAACAAUUCUGUGUCAUCUCAUCAACAGUCUUUAUCCCAGUGGAAUGGAGCCUGUUAAGAAAAUUAUAGAAAGUAAAAUGGUCUUUAAACAAAUGGAGACGAUUUCUCAGUUCUUGCAGGCUGCUGAAGAAUAUGGAGUCACCAGAGGAGAUAUAUUCCAAACCGUUGAUCUUUGGGAAGGAAAGGACAUGGCUGCAGUCCAGAGAACACUGAUGGCUUUGGGAAGUGAAGCUCUCACAAAGGAUGACGGUCAUUACCGUGGAAACAAAGACUGGUUCCAUAGGAAAGCAAAGGGAAACAAGAGGGAAUUUUCAGAGGAGCAGCUGCGUCAAGGCCGUAGUCUUAUUGGCUUCCAGAUGCGAAGCAAUCGAGGAGCAUCACAGUCUGGCAUGACUGGGUACGGCACCCCACGUCAAAUCAUGCGGUAUGACUCUCCUCGGCAUAAUGGAGAUCAAAGCAAUCCCUAAAUACAACACUGUUUGGUAUAAUUUAAAAACUCUAUUGGAGAUGAAACGUCAGUUGUUGAAGGACAUAUGUGUGUAUAUAUACAGUGCUGUGAGAAAUUAUGUACACCCCAUGAACAGUUUUCUCCUUUUUCAACAUAUGUGGGCAUGUCAAUACUGGAGCUUUAUUUAGACCGUAUUGAUGAGUGAAGGUGAUCAUUUAACCAAAAAUAAACAAUGAAAAUUUGACUGAAAUAUUUUAUUAAUCAAAACCAUCUACAGGAAUUCAGUUGUCGUCUGUGGAAAAACAAAAACAAAUAAGCAAACCCCUACAUGUAGUAGCUGGCAUUUCCCCUUUAGCAGAAAUAACUUAUUGUAGUUUCUUACAAUUGUCUGGUAGUAUUUUACAUAGGAAUUCUUUUCCCUUUUUUUUUUUUAAAUCCUUCCAUUUCUUUCUUAGCCAUUAAUUGCUUGUUUUGGGUCAUUAUCAUGUUCAAAGGUCCACUUAUGGUUACCAAGCAUUCUUUGGUAUAUUGUGGAAUUCAGUCGAUGUUAUGGUGUAAGUUUGCUGGACCCUUAAGCAGCAAAACAAGGUUGUUUUUCUCAAAUGCAGUUUGGUUUUCGCCAAACAUGUGGCCAUAUUUUCAUAUUUGUAUUAGGUGCAGGGUUAUGAGCUACAACUGUGUGCUACGUCUUAUCCAGUUUUCAUGAGUGAGUGUGCUAAAAGUGCAAAGAGCAUUUGUCGUGCCAGGGCAACAUGCAACUGUGCAUGGGUGGGCGUGGGACCUGAUUCUAAUUUUUGGCACUUCUAGUAUAGUGAUACAAUAAAUGUAGGGGUGUACUAACUCUUUUUUUUUUAACACAAGACAUGGGCAUCUCUGUUUAAGCUGUAAACAUUUUUCCUGAAUGAACAGUCAAGUGUUGUUUGUUAAAUGAUAUUGCCUUUUACAGUAUAUGUUCUAGUAUGUUGGGGAAAAAUACACUUGUCAUAGGGUGUACUUGCCUUUUCGAAGCCCUGUAUACAGUGGACUAUGGCUGCUUAUUCCAACCCUAGAUUACUCAUUUUACAGUGUUAUUCCUUCACCCACAGCGCACCAGUGUCCAAAACUAAAGUUCACAAUACACUAUUAAAAACUGAAAAACCCUUUGACUUAGUUAUUCCUAAUGAAUUGUGGAUUUUUCUUAAUGUGUAGCCUUUUAAGAAUGGUAAGCUGACUAACAGGCAUUUCUUGAAGGCCUAAUGUUGAGUCGUGCUUCCUGUACAAUAGGAAUGUUCUAAAAAAAGUUUUAUUUUUAUCCAGAAACCAUUUAGAACCAUUGUGUUUUGAGGAGUCAUAUUAAAGGAAAAGUUCACCUCAAAAUAAAAUUGCCAUUAUUUGUUACCUUUAUGUCAUUCCAAACCCUGUACUUAUUUUCAGAAUUUUCUUUUAUGGUUGAACUAUUCCUUUAAAGGGACAGUUCACCCAAAAAUAAAAAUAUCUCCACUCUGUAGGUCCAUACAAUGCAAGUGAAUUGUGAUCAGAC